AUGAAUGACGUGGCUCAAAAGACUGAGAUCCUGCUCUCUACAGCUAAGCCUGUCCAAAAAUGCUACGUUCCCAGGCUUGAAAAGGGAGAUGUAAUGAACAAGUUUGAAGCCAUGCAGAAAGCCAGAGAGGAGAGGAGCCAAAGGAAAACCACAGAUGAGAGACAGCGGAGGAAAGAGCAAUAUAAACAGAGAGAGAAUCUGGAACAAAAGGAAGCAAGAGAUGAAAGAACUUCUAGCUUCUGAUGAUGAAGAAGAUAAACCGAAACAGGCAGAAAAGGGAUAUGUUCCAAAACUCACAGGUACAGUUAAAGGGAAAUUUGCAGAGAUGGAGAAACAAAGACAAGAUGAGGAAAGGAAAAGAAUGGAGGAGGAGAGAAAAAGGAGGCUUGAACAAGACCUAAAGGAGAAAAGAAAGAUUCAGCGUGAACUGGCCAAGAGAGCCGAACAGGAAGGAACUGAAGAAGAUGAAGUUGCGGUCACGCCUGUAAAGGCAGUUAGAUCUCCUGGAAAAAUAAAUAUUAAUUUUGAAGAUUUGGAAAAAGAGAGAGAAGAGGAAGAAAAGAACAGACGUGAAGAAGAAAAAAAGAGAAGAUAUGAUGAACAUAGGAGGUCAUUCAGAGAAGCUAAGAGACGUUCCUCUGCCAUGGAUGAUACAGAAACCCAAGACAAGAAGAGCAAAGAACAAAUAACACCUGGUAAACUCAAAUUAACCUUUGAGGAGAUAGAAAAGCAGAGGCAGGAACAACAGAAAAAGCUAACAGAAGAAGAGGCUCGUCUGCGGUUAGAGGAGGAGAGGCGGGCCUUUGAAGAAGCAAGGCAACAUGUGGUCAGUGAUGACGAUGAAGAACAAGACAACACACACAAAGACGACUUCCGUCCAGGAAAACUGAAGUUGAGUUUUGAGGAAUUAGAGAAACAAAGAAAGGAGGAGGAGAGGAUAAGAGCAGAGGAGGAGGCGAGAAGGAGGAUAGCAGAAGAAAAGAGAGCAUUUGCGGAAGCAAGGAAAAGCAUGGCUUCCAAUGAGGAGGAGGAGGAGGAUGAAAAUUUCAGACUGGAAAUUACAAAGGAGCACAGCCAACCUGGAAAACUGAAAUUAAGUUUUGAAGAACUGGAAAAGCAAAGAAGAGAAGAGGAGCAUAGGAGAGCAGAGGAGGAAUCCCGGAAGAGACUGGAAGAGGAGAGGAAGCAGUUUGCGGAGGCAAGGAAAAAUAUGGAGCCAGAUGAAGACAACCUGCCACUCAGUAAAACAACAUCUCAGGAGACACUUUCACCAGGUAAACUGGAAAUAAACUUCGAAGAGCGCCUCAAACAGAAGAUGAAAGAAGAGAAAAGAUUAAAAGAAGAGGAAAAAAAACAAAAAGUUGGAACAAGAAAAACAAGAAUUUGCUCAGCUACGGCAGGAGAUGGGAGAGGAAGAAAUAAAUGAAAGCUAUGAGGUAUUAAGUAGAGAGUAUGAAGAACUGAUUAAACUAAAGAGGGCAGGAUCCAUUCAAGCCAAAAACUUAAAAAGUAAAUUUGAAAAGAUUGGAAAACUAACAGAAGAAGAAAUACAGAAAAAGGUGGAAGAGGAAAGGUUAAGAAGAAAGGCUGAGGAUGAUGAACUGAAAGAAAGGGAAGCUGAACAUUUUCAUGAGGAUGAAGAUGUUGAUGUGAGGCCAGCGGUGAAGAGCCAUGCCCCAUUCUCACAUAAGGUUAACAUGAAGGCCCGGUUUGAACAAAUGGCAAGAGCUAGGGAAGAGGAGGAACAGAGGCGAAUCGAAGAACAAAAGCUCUUAAGAAUGCAGUUUGAGCAGCAGGAAAUUGAUGCUGCUUUACAAAAGAAGAGGGAGGACGACGACGAGGAAGAAACCAGUGUCAAUGGCUCACAAUACGAAGAUGAGGAACUGGCUCGCUCAGGGGCUCCUUGGUUUAAGAAACCUUUAAAGAACAUCUCUGUGGUAGAUGGGGAACCGGUAAGGUUUACAGUAAAAAUAACUGGAGAGCCAAAGCCUGAGGUGACGUGGUGGUUUGAAGGAGAGAUGCUACAGGACUCUGAAGACUAUCAAUAUAUUGAAAGAGGGGAAACUUACUGCCUUUACCUACCUGAAACCUUCCCAGAGGAUGAAGGAGAAUAUAUGUGUAAAGUAGUGAACAGCAGGGGCACCGCUGCAAGCAGCUGCAUUCUCAGCAUUGAAACUGAUGACUAUUAA